GUCGCUCUGACAGUUCAUAGUAAACAUGGCAAGCUUGGCAGAUGUCGGCUGGAAGCUCCUGGAAUUUAAAGCCAGAUCAAAACGUUCAGAUCUGAUCUAAUUUAGCUGAGACGCUUGCCCUUUACAUCACCUGUUGAGAAUGACCAGCUCACAGUGUGAGGUAUCUGGAUCUCCAAGGAAACUCAUCAGAUAUGGCUCCAUCUAUGAGCCCCUCAAGCUGUCUGUCCUCCACCGAGAGGACGAACCUCUGUGGGAGAGAUUGGACCGCUACUACAAUGCUGUCAAGUGCACCAUCCUGAACUUCCAGAGCCCCACCACUGGUCUGUUCCCCAUCAAGACCUGCUCCAGCUGCAAGGAGGCCAAGGUCCGGGACUCUCUCUACUGUGCUGCCAGUGCCUGGGCUCUGGCUCUGGCUUACAGGCGUAUCGAUGACGACAUGGGCCGAACCCACGAGCUGGAGCACUCGGCCAUCAAGUGCAUGAGAGGGAUCCUCUACUGCUACAUGAGGCAAGCCGACAAGGUGGAGCAGUUCAAGCAGGAUCCCAGCCCCUCCAAGUGCCUCCACUCAGUGUUCAACGUCCACACAGGAGACGAGGUCCACAGCUACUCUGACUACAGUCAUCUCCAGAUUGAUGCUGUGUCUCUGUUCCUGCUCUAUAUGGUUGAGAUGAUCUGCUCUGGACUUCAGAUCAUCUACAACACUGACGAGGUGUCUUUCAUCCAGAACCUGGUGUUUUGUGUGGAGCGGGCUUACAGGAUGCCUGACUUUGGGAUGUGGGAGAGGGGCAGCAAGUACAACAAUGGGAGCACAGAGCUGCAUUCCAGUUCUGUGGGAAUGGCCAAAGCUGCACUGGAAGCCAUCAAUGGAUUUAACCUCUUUGGAAACCAGGGCUGUUCCUGGUCUGUGAUCUUUGUGGACCUGGAUGCCCACAACAGGAACAGACAGACCCUGUGUUCCCUCCUCCCACGAGAGUCCAGGUCCCACAACACAGACGCAGCCCUCCUGCCCUGCAUCAGCUACCCGGCCUUCGCCGUGGACGACGAUGCCCUCUACAGCCAGACGCUGGACAAAGUGGUCCGCAAGCUGCGGGGCAAGUACGGCUUCAAGCGCUUCCUGCGCGACGGCUACCGCACCUCCAACGAGGACAAGAACCGGAGGUACUACAAACCGGCUGAGAUGAAGCUUUUUGACGGGAUUGAAUGCGAGUUUCCCAUAUUCUUCAUCUACAUGAUGAUCGAUGGUGUGUUCAGAGGAAAUAAAGCCCAGGUGAAGGAGUAUCAAGAUCUGCUGGAGCCAAUCGUCUUCCAGAGUCAUGAGGGCCAUGCGGUGAUCCCUAAGUACUACCACGUUCCCGCUGACUUUGUGGAGGCGGAGCAGAAGAAGCACGGGAGCCAGAAGCGUUUCCCUAGCAACUCGGGCCGUGACGGGAUGCUGUUCCUGUGGGGGCAGGCGCUCUACAACAUCGCCAGACUGCUGGUGGAUGAGCUGAUCAGCCCUAAAGACAUCGACCCCAUCCACCGCUACGUCCCUCGCCAGGACCAGCGCAAUGUCAGCAUGAGAUACUCCAAUCAGGGUCCCAUAGAGAACGAUGUGGUCAUCCACGUGGCUCUGGUUGCAGAGAGUCAGAGACUGCAGGUGUUCCUCAACACCUAUGGGAUCCAGACCCAGACCCCUCAGCAGGUGGAGCCAAUUCAGAUCUGGCCCCAGAAAGAGCUGGUCAAGGCCUACCGUUUCCUGGCCAUCAACAACAAGCUGGGUCUGAGUGGGCGUCCGGAGAGACCGGUGGGCUGCAUCGGGACCUGCAAGAUCUAUCGUAUCCUAGGGAAGACAGUUGUGUGCUACCCGAUCGUCUUCGAUCUCAGUGACUUCUACCUGUCUCAGGACGUCAUGCUGCUUAUCGAUGACAUCAAGAACGCCCUGCAGUUCAUCAAGCAGUGCUGGAAGAUGCAGGGACGUCCCCUCUUCCUGGUUCUCAUCCGAGAGGACAACAUCAAAGGGAGCCGUUUCAACCCAGUGCUGGACAUGCUGGCCUCCUUCAAGAAGGGCAACAUCGGAGGGGUCAAAGUUCACGUGGACAGACUGCAGACGCUGAUAUCAGGAGCCGUGGUGGAGCAGCUGGACUUCCUGAGGGUCAACGAGUCUGAGAUCCCAGAGUUCAAGAGCUUCGAGGAGCUGGAGCUGCCCAAGCACUCCAAGGUGAAGCGUCAGAUGAGCACGCCCAACGCCUCGGACCUGGAGCAGCAGCCUGAGAUAGACGUGCCCGAAUGGCAGAACAAGCCCACCUCUGAGGUCCUCAAGAAGUUCUAUGAGUGUGAUUGCCUUGCCAGUCAGGCUCAGCUGGCCAGUAUUCUCCUGAGCAAGGAGGGGCCUGACUUCUUUACCAAGGAUGAGAACCUGAGGGAUGAGCUGGAGAGGAUCUACAGAAGAGCAGGAAGCAGAAAGCUUUGGUCUGUUGUGCGCCUCACUGCCAGUGUCUUAACAAAGCUAGUGGACAGCUUGGCCCCAAGUAUUACUAGUGUGUUAGUGCAUGGCAAGCAGGUGACGCUGGGUCUGUUUGGCCACGAGGAGGAGGUGAUCUCCAACCCCCUGUCCCCGGGGGUGAUCAAGGGCAUCAUCUACAGCAGGUGCUGCCCCCCCGGUGGGGAGCGGGAGGCCGUGCUGCAGCAGGAGCUGGUCAUCCACAUCGGCUGGAUCAUCUCCAACAACCCCGAGCUCUUCAGCGGCAUGCUCAAGAUCCGGAUCGGUUGGAUCGUCCAAGCCAUGAAGCACGAGCUGGAGAUCCGAGCAGGGGACAUGCCCCCCCAGGACAUCUACCAGAUGUCCCCCAGCGACAUCAAACAGCUGCUGCUGGAUGUCCUGCAGCCGCAACAGACAAGGAGGUGCUGGCUGCACAGGCGUCAGAUCGACGGCUCUCUGAACAGGACCCCCCUGGGCUUCUACGACCGCGUGUGGCAGAUCCUGGAGAGGACUCCCAACGGCAUCCUGGUGGCCGGCCUUCACCUGCCUCAGCAGCCCACCCUGUCUGACAUGACCAUGUACGAGAUGAACUUCUCACUCCUGGUGGAGGACACUCUGAAGAACAUUGUGCUGCCCGAGUACAGGCAGAUCAUCGUCGAGCUUCUCAUGGUGGUGUCCAUCGUGCUGGAGAGGAACCCAGAGCUGGAGUUCCAGGAGGAGGUGGACCUGGACUCCCUGGUGAAGGAUGCCUUCAGCGAUUUUCAGAAGGACAGCAACCGCCUGGAUGCGAAGGAGAUACAGGCGGACAUGGAGACCUUCUACAAGACUCCGGCGGUGGGGAAGCGCGGCACAUCCAGCUACCUGACCAAGGCUGUCAUGAUCCAGCUGCUGCAGGGAGACGUCAAGCCCAGCAAGGAUGACCCCUGCUCCGUCAGCUAAACCCCACCCAGGACAGUGACCCCUGCUCCGUCAGCUAAACCCCACCCAGGACAGUGACCCCUGCUCCGUCAGAUAAACCCCACCCAGGACAGUGACUCCAGAACAACCACCUUGCGACCGUAGAAUGACCCCAGGACAAUAUCUGGACAACCUCUGAGCACAAAUCUCUUACCCCCUACUCUACCCAAAGUAGUCUAUCAUCCAUUGUCCAACAAUUAUUUUAGGGAACCAGCUGAUCAUAGAUCUGCGGCAACUUGACCUGGGAAAUAAUGCCUUGUCUUGAACUAGUCAAACUAGUCUAGUUAGCUUUGACUAAGAGUACAAUCAGCAGUAGCCCCUGUACUGUUGUACAUCUAAACAUUAGUGCUAAUGUGUCCUUUGAACUGGGCCCAGGGUCCUUGCAUGGAGAUUAUACAGCAUGACAAUAACAGCUAGCAAAGAUUGGUUUUGUGGGCAUUGUUAGAACCUUUUUGUUUGUGUCAAAAGUGUUUAUGAAAAAAUAAGAGGUGAUAGGCAUAAAAGUGUUAUCUACAAUUUCCUCAGACACGUUUUCAGAAUCAUGCAGUAAGUGAGCAGACUCGCAUCACACCUAUGUGUAACUGUGAAAAGUGAAAGCAUGGAGUUCCGAGUCCACCCUAUUUUUUCUUUUACCUUAUUUUGCUGUGAGUGUACAUUCAUACCUUUACUUCCCGUAAGCGUGCAUACAUUAGCAUCCAACUUCCUAAUGUAAUAAUAUAGGACUUACAUUGAAACUUCAGAAUGCUUAUGGUAGCAUUACCAGAUGACUUUGUGUUGCUUAUGUGUUUAUUGGAGGUUUAUCUGAGUGUGCCUGGCCCUCAUUACUCUUACUGUGAUGGCUGCCUUGACAGUGUGCACUAUCUAUCGUUUAGCAAGGUGUUCUAUUCUAUUUUGUAAACUUAGCACUUCAACAGAAAUAAAGUCGAGAGAUGAAAACUGUU